AUGGAUAUCACGAGGUUAGACGCCAGCAGCCAAAAUCUUACCUGGAAACAAGGUUCUAAUGAUCUUGACUCAGGUCAGAGGACAAUCGUAUUUGCAUUUUUUUUGUUCGCUUCUGUUGUUGGUUUGGUGGGAAACCUUAUCGUGUUUUGGUACCUUUGCUUCAAGAUCCAGAGGAACAAAUAUACCAUUUAUAUUAACAAUCUGUCAGCGGCUGACGCCCUCUUAGAAACGGUCGCUGUUAUAAUUUUGAUGGUCAACAUCAAUACGUUCAAUGGUCCAAAUCCAGAAUUUAAUGGGAAACAGUCUUUUGUUUUAUCCUUGACUAUAUUGUACUACGCCAUGAUCUACACUGGAAUGUUUCUCCUCACAGCCAUCAGUACGGAAAGGUGUGUUUCGGCCCUGUUCCCCAUUUGGAAUACUGUUCGUCGCCCCCGGCAUUUGUCCACCAUCAUGUGCUGCUUUGCGUGGGCCAUCGGAAGUCUGGAAAGCCUCCUUCAGCAUUUUGUGUGCGGAACUGAAAACACGGGAAAGUGUUUGCCCAUCGGGGUGCUUAAUUUUGUUUUAGCCAUUGGGAUCUGCCUGCCGCUCAUGGUCAUUUCCAGUCUCAUCCUGCUCAUCAAAAUAAAGAGGACCUUCCGGCAGCGGUACCCGCCGAAACUCUACAUUAUCAUCAUUGUAGCGGCUGUUGUGUUCACGUUAUCCGUUCUGCCAUUAAACACUGUACGGUUUUUAUUAUACUGCAACCUGACGGCAGACAAAAACACACUGCACAAAAUGGUCACUGUUACUGAAUUUUGGAUGAUAGUAAACAGUGCAAUCAACCCCUGUAUUUAUUUCCUUGUGGGGAGAAGGUGGAACCGGUGUACCUGCUACUCAAUAAAGGAUACCCUGAAUAGAGCCUUCACUGUAGACAUUAACGAUUGA